CCAUCGCCAACUGUAACGAACACCCGAAUUUGUUUCUGGCGGCUCGAUUCUUCGGCGUUGUAUCGAAGCUUGAAUUGCGAGAGGACUUCAGAUUGGCGUGAGUGGACGUCGAAGGUGGUCACGAUCCUUCGAAUUCUUCAUCGUUUUGCUUCUGCAAGUGAUUGUAAGGAAUCCGUCUGGAGACGCGAGUAUAGGGAGAAUAUUGGAAUAGGGUUUGGUUAGGAUGAAGAUCGAGGAGGUGCAAUCCACUACGAAAAAGCAGAGAGUUGCUUCUCACACGCACAUCAAAGGCUUGGGCCUCAAGGAGGAUGGCACAGCGAUGGAUGUGGCCGCUGGAUUCGUUGGCCAGGAACAAGCUCGAGAAGCUGCUGGGCUGGUUGUGGACAUGAUCCGGCAGAAGAAGAUGGCCGGCCGCGCACUUCUCCUCGCCGGGGCUCCUGGAACGGGGAAGACUGCUCUGGCUCUUGGAAUUGCCCAGGAACUCGGUAGUAAGGUUCCAUUCUGCCCAAUGGUAGGGUCCGAAGUUUACUCAUCAGAAGUUAAGAAGACGGAAGUUCUUAUGGAGAAUUUCCGCCGUGCAAUUGGGCUUCGUAUUAAAGAGAACAAAGAGGUUUACGAGGGCGAGGUGACAGAGCUCUCCCCUGAAGAAACAGAAAGCACUACAGGAGGGUAUGGUAAGAGCAUUAGCCACGUUGUAAUAGGGCUGAAGACUGUGAAAGGAACCAAGCAGUUGAAACUGGACCCAACUAUUUACGACGCUCUCAUGAAAGAGAAGGUGCUGGUUGGUGAUGUGAUUUACAUUGAAGCCAACAGCGGAGCAGUGAAGAGGGUUGGGAGAAGUGAUGCCUUUGCCACAGAGUUUGACUUGGAAGCAGAGGAGUAUGUGCCUUUACCAAAAGGAGAAGUUCACAAAAAGAAAGAGAUUGUUCAGGAUGUCACGCUCCAUGAUCUAGAUGCUGCAAAUGCUCGCCCUCAAGGAGGCCAAGAUAUAUUGUCCAUGAUGGGCCAGAUGAUGAAACCUCGUAAGACUGAAAUUACUGAUAAAUUACGACAAGAGAUUAACAAGGUUGUUAACAGAUAUAUUGAUCAAGGUGUGGCAGAGCUUGUUCCAGGUGUUCUUUUCGUGGAUGAGGUGCAUAUGCUAGACAUGGAAUGUUUCACGUAUUUGAAUCGUGCUCUCGAAAGUUCAUUGGCACCCAUUGUCGUAUUUGCCACUAAUCGAGGCAUUUGCCACAUAAAGGGAACUGAUAUUAGCAGUCCACAUGGUAUUCCUGUUGACUUGUUAGAUCGCCUAGUUAUUAUCAGAACACUACCUUAUACCCCAGCAGAAAUGAUUCAGAUUUUAGCUAUUCGAGCUACUGUGGAAAGCUUGUCUGUGGAUGAAGAGUCUCUUGCUUAUCUGGGAGAAAUAGGAGAGCGUACAUCACUUAGGCACGCUGUUCAGCUGUUAACACCAGCAAGUAUUGUGGCGAAAACUAAUGGCCGCGAGCAGAUUAGCAAGGGAGAUUUGGAGGAUAUUGCAACGCUUUUCCUGGACGCCAAAGCCUCUGCUCGACUUUUGCAAGAGCAGCCUGAUAAAUACGUUUCACAAUAGGUUGAAAGCAUAGUCCUGCUAAUCAAUACAGUAAAGAGCGUAAUUGUAUGAUUUUUAUUUCAUAUUAAACGUUCUGAGCAGUACCUGAUUUUCAACUCUCUUCAUCAAGCAGACGGGUAUUCAAGGUCCAUAUAUUUUCAUCACGGAGAUGUUCUACCUAGAUUUGAGAGGAAGUAAAUGAACUGGGUUCUACAAUUUUGUUCGCUAUUAUGUUUCCAUGUGAAUUAAUUUCAUCUCAUAACCGACUCUA